GCCCCGCCGCCCCGCCGCCCCGGCCCCCCGGAUGAGGGUAUAUAUUCCGUACGGGCGCGGAACGCCGAUGACUGGCCGAGCCCAGGGAGCCGGAGCCGGGCGGAGCUGCGGAUCGAGUGGAGGGAGGUUCCCAGCUGUUACACUUGCGCUUGCACAAAGCUUGGCUACCAGGACACUAUGAAUGUCAGUGACCUCAAACUGAGAUUGUCCAAAGCUGGACAAGAGCAUGUGCUGCAGUUCUGGAAUGAGCUGGAAGAAGCCCAGCAGGCAGAUCUUUAUGCAGAGCUCCAAGCUGUUGACUUUGAAGAGCUGAACUACUUCUUCCAAAAGGCCAUUGAAGGGUUUAACCAGUCCUCUCGCCAAGAGAAGGUGGAUGCACGAAUGGAGCCUGUCCCUCGGGAGGUGUUGGGCAGUGCCACCAGGGAUCAAGAUCAGCUCCAGGCCUGGGAAAGUGAAGGACUUUUCCAGAUUUCCCAGAACAAAGUAGCAGUUCUUCUUCUAGCUGGUGGACAAGGGACAAGACUUGGAGUUGCAUAUCCCAAAGGGAUGUAUGAUGUUGGUUUGCCAUCCCAUAAGACACUUUUUCAGAUUCAAGCAGAACGCAUCCUGAAGCUACAGCAGUUAGCUGAGAAACGUUAUGGCAACAAAUGUAUCAUUCCAUGGUAUAUAAUGACCAGUGGUAGAACAAUGGAGUCUACAAAGGAGUUCUUCAUCAAGCACAAGUAUUUUGGUUUAAAAAAAGAAAAUGUCAUCUUUUUUCAGCAGGGAAUGCUACCUGCAAUGAGUUUUGAUGGGAAAAUUAUUUUGGAAGAGAAAAACAAAGUCUCUAUGGCUCCAGAUGGCAAUGGUGGCCUCUAUCGGGCUCUUGCAGCCCAGAACAUUGUGGAAGAUAUGGAGCAAAGAGGCAUUUGGAGCAUUCAUGUCUACUGUGUGGACAACAUUCUGGUGAAAGUGGCAGACCCACGGUUCAUUGGAUUUUGCAUUCAGAAAGGAGCAGACUGUGGGGCAAAGGUGGUAGAGAAAACGAACCCCACAGAACCAGUUGGAGUGGUUUGCCGAGUGGACGGAGUAUACCAGGUGGUAGAAUAUAGUGAGAUUUCUCUGGCAACAGCUCAGAAACGAAGCUCAGAUGGACGUCUGCUGUUCAAUGCUGGAAACAUUGCCAAUCAUUUCUUCACCGUACCAUUUCUGAGAGAUGUUGUCAAUGUUUUUGAACCUCAGUUGCAACACCAUGUAGCUCAAAAGAAGAUUCCGUAUGUGGAUUCGCAGGGACAGUUAAUUAAGCCAGAUAAACCGAAUGGAAUAAAGAUGGAAAAAUUUGUCUUUGACAUCUUCCAGUUUGCAAAGAAGUUCGUGGUGUAUGAAGUGUUACGGGAAGAUGAGUUCUCCCCGCUCAAGAAUGCGGACAGUCAGAAUGGGAAGGACAACCCUACUACUGCCAGGCAUGCUCUGCUGUCCCUUCAUCACUGCUGGGUCCUCAAUGCGGGGGGCCACUUCAUAGAUGAAAAUGGCUCUCGCCUCCCAGCAAUUCCCCGCAGUGCUACAAAUGGAAGGUCAGAGACCAUCACAUCUGAUGUCAAUCACAACUUGAAGGAUGCCAAUGAUGUACCAAUCCAGUGUGAAAUCUCUCCCCUCAUCUCUUAUGCUGGAGAAGGAAUAGAAAGUUACGUGGCUGGUAAAGAAUUCCAUGCACCUUUAAUCAUUGAUGAGAAUGGAGUCCAUGAGCUGGUCAAAAAUGGUCUAUGAACCAUAGACCACAUUCUCCCACAAUAGGGAAUAGCUUUUAUUUUUGAUAGAUCAACUGUGAACUGACAGGAUCUCUCCUGGAAAACUGAAGUUAGAACAUUCACAGGGUUUCACUGUGCUUGCUGCUGUCUGAGAAACGACUGCAAACUCCCAAGGCCACAGGACUGAACUUCAGAUAGCAUUUUUAUGAUUCUCAACUCAUUGAAGGUCUUAUUUAUAUUUUUUAACUGUAUGAUUUUUUUCAAGCCAAGGAAAACAUUGGCCACCCAGGAAAUUUCCUGCACCUUGACUGUGGUUGGGAUGUUCACCAUGACUUGACUUGGCGCUGGAGACAUUUGUUUUUGAAGUUGUACAUGGUAGUAAUCAGUCACUGUACAUGUCAGAAGGUUUCUAUGGUACUAAAAAUUUGUUUUAUUUUGUCAAGCAUUAAAUUUUUUUAAGAAAAUAACUGGACAGCAAAAUAAAAUUAUCUUAUUGUC